AUGGUCUACGCAGGCCCAUCCCGUGGCUGCAGCACCUGCAAACGACGCCGCGUCAAAUGUGACCUGGGUCGGCCUCUUUGCAAAAACUGCUUGAAGAGGAGGGUGCCCUGUCCAGGUGUGCCAGAUCCACCUGGCAUACAGUUUCGAGACGAAACCGCGGCGGUGAUACAGCUAUUCCAGGCAGCCGGCGACAGAGAACAUGCUGCUGAUGGCGAUGACGACUAUGAAUACCCCAAUGCGGUUGUCCCCGGUCUCGGGGAGGACGAGAACUUUGUCUCGUUGUGCUUCUUCUCCCACAACUACAUGAUGGGUGGGCACGGCGUGCAGUCUUCGCGGGGGUUGUUCGAGCAUUUGAUCCCGUACUAUCAGCCGACGGAUCCGGAUUCUCUGAUAUCGGUCGCCACUGCCGCUCUUACGGCCACCAUGCUCUCCAUGUGGCGCGGCCUUGGACCGGAUUCGACGCUGUCGAGGAGGUACUAUGGCCGCGCUAUCGACCUCCUGAAGGAAACCCUGAAGACUCCAGAAGGAUGCGAGUCCGAUACGACGUUGAUCGCCAUCAUUGCGCUGCAGUUCCGGGAAGCGCUGAUUGCGCACCGCAAGAUGGUCAAAGUCGACGGGAGUCACCAAAGAGGCGCAUAUGCCGUGGUCAAUUACAGAAAGAGCAGAGGCUUCCGCGACAUGGCCUCCAAGCGGCUGUUGCAAGAGGUGCGCAACACGAUGGUGUCAGAGGCAAUUCGGACUCGCCAACCAGUGCAUAUCGACCCGGCGGUGUGGGAAGACGACGGCCCCAUGCCCUACAACCCGGCAAGUGAUCUCGACAGGAUCGCGAUUGACCUCGCGAACCUGCAAGCCCUGUUCGAGCAAUAUAAAUCCACGUUGCCGGCUAGUUUGGGAAAGGGGCAGAAGGUGCUGACUGCAAAGGACCUCAGCAUAAUAGCGUCAUUCAGGAGGACGGCGGAUGCCAUUGACCAGCGACUACAGAUCUGGGCCGACAGCCAACACUCGUUCUACUCACCCUUCCGGCUGGCGGCAGAUGAGAUUCCAGACUCCGUGCGAGAGGCAGGCCUGUAUGGCGACUUCUGCAACGUCUAUCCGUCUGUCCAGCUCGCGGGCGUCUGGCACGCAUACAACAGCUACCGGCUGAUCCUCCUGAAGAUGACGCUCUGCGCGGACGAAACGGUCCGUAACAUGCCGAGGGAGAACGACGUGUUGCUGUUGGAAUCUGACAGAUGGAGGGUCUCCGCCGAGGAGCGGCUUCAGCACUGCGUCGACGAGAUCUGCGCCGCUGUGCCAUUCCAUCUCGGCAACCGCAUCGACGCCGGCUCCAUCCACGAGUUUUCGAACACCACCCGCAUGGAGUACCCCUGGCCGACGCCGGACAGAGACCCCUACUCGAAUCCGUGCAGUCCAGCCCUGAGGCAGUACGCGCGCGAACACAACGUCGUGCCCCUGACGGCCGACGAGCGGAAGCGCCAGAACCUCUGCAUGGGGGGCUACAACAUCCUCGGACCCAUGGCGUUUGUCCUGAGCCUCGCUGGGGAGCCGCUUGACUUGACCGGUGUGCAAAGAGAUCCGCGCAGGAUUGGAUCAAUGCUUCGCCCGGAUCAGAUCCCGUGGCUCGCUGGGCAGAUGGGUCGGGCUUUGAGACUUCAUCGCGCGAGACCACCACCGCCACCACCACCAAAACAAGUAGGUCGAGGCGAUGAUCUACGUGAAAGCAGCAGCAGCAGCAGUAGCAGCAAGAGUGGCACCCCUGUGUCGAUUAGAAGGAAGCCCACCGCCGCAGUGGAGAAGAAUCAGCUCGGCGAUGUGGCGAAGGAUGUCGUCCGGGUGCGAAAAUCCAUGAAGUAUUCCUUUGGUGUUUGA